UGCAUGAUGUGUGGUGUUCCGCCCGGUCAAUUAUAGUGUGACACCACCGGUCCCAUCUUGGUUUGACAGAGGAAGAGGAACCGUCCAUAUUACAGCUGCUUUGUCAGCGGUCGCACGGCGAUGGACCCUGCCGGUGGGAGAGACGAGCGGCGGAGGCAGGCAGAGCGUCUUCGCCGGGAGGAGGCCUACUACCACUUCAUUAACGAGCUGAACGAGGAGGAGUACCGGCUCAUGAGAGACGGCAACCUGCUGGGCACCCCUGGGGAGGUGACGGCAGAAGAGCUCCGGCAGCGCCUGGAUGGGGCCAAGGAGCGUGUGUCCUCUCAGCCCCGCCCCGAGCAGCGUCUGCAGGCGUCCACAGACGCCGGGGACCAGGAGGGCAGCAGUGGGGCCCCUGACCCGGGAGCCGAAUCCUCCAACGGUGAUUCAUUACUGGAGUGGCUGAACACGUUCAGGCGCACCGGCAAUGCCACGCGCAGCGGGCAGAGCGGCAACCAGACCUGGCGCGCGGUCAGUCGCACCAACCCCAACAGCGGCGAGUUCCGCUUCAGCCUGGAGAUCAACAUCAACCACGAGCAGCCGGAGCCCGGCGAGCACAGCGAAGCCGCGCUUGCGGCCGAGCUCCCGGCGGUGGCCCCUAACACCACCUCAACCGCAAUACGUACAGCCUCGUAUCUACCCCCAGUGCCACGCCCCUCAACCUAUGCCGCCCCUUAUCCCACCCCCCGGCCCUCCAUCAGCAGGAGGGCCCAGGCCAGGCGCACACGCAGUGCCAACUCCUCCCCCCGCUCUGCCCAAGACAGUGUUCCUCCAGCACCCCCUCCUGCCUCUGUGAUGAGGAGGGGGGUGACCCUGCCUCCAACACCACUACCAACACCACCUCACCCUUCCUUUACUCCCCCCAGUGACCAAGUCGGCUCCUUGCGACACCACACCCUGAACGCGGCGCUGGAGCGUGGGCGUGACGAGGUGACGGCCUCCCUGGAGUGUCCACGUGUGUCGCCGCCUCGGCCUCCUGCCUCUCAGUCCCCACCAGGGGGGCGUGACUCUCGCGGGAGCAGGACUCGAUCCCGCGGUCGAAUCCGGCGGGCCGCCGGAGGGGCCUCAUCUCGGUCUUCAAGGAGAAGCCGGUCCCCCUUAAGCAGAACACCCGUCGCCAGUUCCGCUCCCGACUCUGGUCUAGCCGGCAGUGGUUCUGAUGGCCAAAGCCUCGAACCAGGCGCUGGAACUAGCUUGGUUUCCAUGGAGACACAGGAGGCCGGGUUGGAGCCCGUCGCUCUAACCGAGGCCGCCACAGAGGCAGGGGAUCACGAAAGGGAGGCCCAGGCGGCCGCUGCAGGCGCUGCGAGUGUCCGCCGUCAUCCCACCAUCAUGCUGGACCUGCAGGUCCGGAGGAUCCGCCCCGGAGAGAAUAGGGACCGGGACAGCAUCGCCAGUCGGACGCGGUCCCGCGCCCGCGUGGCAGAGAACACGGUCACCUUCGAAAGCGACAGCGGCGGAUUCCGGCGCACCAUCUCGCGCUCAGAGCGGGCGGGGAUACGCACCUACGUCAGCACCAUCCGCAUCCCUCUGCGGCGCAUCAGCGAGACGGGCCUGGGGGAGCCCAACUCCACCGCCCUGCGCUCCAUCCUGCGCCAGAUCAUGACCGGCUUCGGAGAGCUCAGCUCCCUCAUGGAGACGGAGGCCGAUUCUGAGACGGUGGCCCCCAGCCACCUGGACGCCCCCUCCGCCGGCGCCAACCCCACCACUGCCCCCGCCUAUCGUCUGAAUGGAAACGAGAGCACGGCCGGCCUCAGCGGCACCGGCGCCGUGGACGAGGGCGGGGGAGCGCGGGCGGCGGGGCCCGAGGAUGACGGUCAGGGAAGGCAGGGUGGAGGGGCCAUGAGCCCCGCGGAGGGGCGCGCCACCAGCAGAGACACGAACAACCUGGUGGAGAACGGGACGCUGCCUAUCCUGCGGCUGGCCCACUUCUUCCUGCUCAACGAUGAGGAGGACGAGGAUCACCCGCGGGGCCUCACCAAAGAGCAGAUCGACAACCUGGCAACGCGCACCUACGGCCAGGCCAGCCUGGAGGGGGAGGCGGGGCGCGCCUGCAGCGUCUGCAUCAACGAGUACGCCCAGGGCAACAAACUGCGCCGGCUGCCCUGCUCCCACGAGUUCCACAUCCACUGCAUCGACCGCUGGCUCUCGGAGAACAACACCUGUCCCAUCUGCAGGCAGCCCAUACUGGCGGCACAUCACGAGUGACCGCUGGGAUUCCUGCCCCUCACACCAACGGAGACCCACCAACGUCAUUCUGGGUAUAGAGAACCUGCCCAAGCGGGCCGAGCAUGUACAUAGGCUUUCAUGGUUUUUAUUUUCCUUAAAAAAAAAUAAAGACUUCAUCCUGUUCAAGCUGAGGAAGGUGAAACAGAAAGCGUGGAGGGAAAGCUUACAAAUGCAGAGAAUUAUCAAAACUUUAUUUUUUUAGACAUCUUGGUUUUCAGCAGUGUUUGGUUGUUUUUGAGUUGGAUCAUUUUCCUGCUAGGACCGGCUCUGGACUCCGUAGCCUCAUGCUUCAGAGGAUUGGCAUCAACCGCUAUUGCUAGCACUAAAGGAGCUACAGAGGCUGCUGCUGCUGACUCAUCUCCACCCUCUGUUUUCCACGUGCGACAUCCCUCCUUCACGAAUGGACGGUGAACCAUUCCCUUUCAGGCCCGACGAACAUGUACUUCAGUGUAAAUACCUCACUGAUGCUCCAGAUCCAUGGAUUCUGUUCUGCGGCAAGCUACGCACGCAUCUCUUUUUAAGAUGUUGAGUUUGUUUUUUUGGAAACGACAACCGAAGUUGCAAUCCUCCAUUUGUAAUGCUCUUGACAUUCAUUGCUACAUUUUUGCUUGCAAAUUGUCCUAUUAGUGGACGUGUGUGUGUGUGUGUGUGUGUGUGUGUGUGUGUGUGUGUGUGUGUGUGUGUGUGUGUGUGUGUGUGUGUGUGUGUGUGUGUGUGUGUGUGUGUGUGUCUCUCU